CAAGCAGACGAAAAUUAAAGGGACGGUAUCCUUGGCAUAGGUGCAUUGACAUUAUAGUACUCUGAUAAUGGCACAUUACAAGGAGCAGCUUCUGAGGCUGGAAGAGCUUUAAAUCUCAUCAAGAAACGUCAAAAAGAGCAGGAGGAGUUAGAAGCUCGCAAGAAAAAGAUUGAAGAAGAGUUGAGAAUUGGGAGUAUACAGAACAAAUUUGCGACACAUUAUGAUGCUAUCGAAGCUCAACUAAAAUCUGACACAGUGGGUCUGGUGACCCUGGAUCAGAUGAAAGCUAAACAGGAAGAUGUGAUUAGAAAACGAGAAGCACAGUUAGCGAAGAAAGACGCUCAAGCUCGAUUGGUUGAGGAACAGAAUAAAGAGAGAAAGCGCAAAGAAAAGAUGAAGAUUGCUCACCUGUCAUUUGAUCCUGAUGAAGGCGAUGAUGAAACUGAUGAAGAAGAGGAACAGAGAGAGCUAGAGAGGCAGAUAGCCACAGGGAAAAAACGAAGGCUGGGUAAAAAUCCUGAGGUGGACACCAGUUUCUUGCCAGACAGAGACAGGGAAGAAGAAGAGAACAGAAUGAGAGAACAGUUACGACAGGAAUGGGUGUGUCAACAGGAGAAGGUGAAGAAUGAAGAAAUCAGCAUCACUUACAGUUACUGGGAUGGCUCUGGCCACAGACGACAGGUUCGUAUGAAGAAGGGAAACAGCGUGCAACAGUUCCUACAGAAGUGCCUGGAGACGCUGCGACGAGAGUUCAAUGACUUGAAAUCUGUGAGCGUUGAUCAGUUGAUGUACGUCAAAGAGGACUUAAUCAUUCCACAUCACUACACUUUUUAUGAUUUUAUUGUGACUAAAGCUCGAGGAAAGAGCGGUCCUUUGUUUACGUUCUCAGUGCAAGAAGAUGUUCGGAUAAUAAGCGAUGCCACAGUGGAGAAGGAGGACUCGCAUGCGGGCAAAGUCUGUUUGCGUAGCUGGUACGAGAGGAAUAAGCACAUUUUCCCUGCAAGUCGAUGGGAACCGUAUGAUCCUGAGAAAAAGUGGGAUCAGUAUACUGUGUCUGAUAAAAAUGCAGCUAAGAUCACUGUGAAAUAGACCCUUGAAUGUAUUGCUUUGCCCUCAAGAACUCCAUGGCAUGAAUAUCAAGCAGUCUACAACUUUAUGUGGCCUACAUAAAUGUAGCAAUUCUUUCUGAAGAAAGAUUUGGAUUUAUUAGUCCGUACAUGUAUCACUUGACUUGCAUCACAUCAUUGGAGAUCACUGAACAGGCUAGGUUGUUACUGCAUGUAGUACAUAAUGUUACAUCACUGUUAGCACUGUGGUUUAUUUGUCAUUCUCAGAGGAGAUUAGUGUACCAAUACGGCACAAUAACCUAAAAGUCUGUCACCAAUUUGGUGGCUGUGAGUUCAAGUCCAGCUCAUGCCGGCUUCCCCCCUGUAUGUACAUGGAAAGGUCUGGCAACAGCCUGCUGAUGGUCAUGCAUAUCCCCCAGGCUCUGCGUGGUUUCCUCCCACCAUAAUGCUGGCCGCUGUCAUGAAAUAUAAUUUUCUUGAGUACAGUGUAAACACCAAUUAAAUUAAUAAAACAAGUAAAUACACUUAUCAUUGUAAAACAUGUAGACCUACAUUUAAUAAGAAAGGAGAACUGCAGUGAGUGGGUGGCAUCCUAAAGCUGUUUCAGAUAGGAGCAAUUUCAUUGCUUUGUUUGGUAAUUCUGUGUAGCCAAAGUGCCGUGGAGUUCAACACUUCAUGCCUUUUUGAAAAGAAAGCACGAGCACAGGCAUGUAACAGCAUGACUUAAAUGACAUGUCUUUGAAAUUACAAUUUUGCUAGUUAUCUGGUUAAAAGAAAUGAUGUAAUGUACAGCUUGUAUAUAAAACUUAAAAGGUCCAGUAAAUCAUAUCACCAGAUUUUCUCUCUUUUUGACUCCUACAAUUAUGAGCAUAGGGU